AUGUUAUUUGAAUCGUGCGCUGUUGCAGAAGCAUUUGCAGACUUCAAUAGCAGUGACAAGGCAGAAGGGUUUGCGGCCCUGAGCCUCCUUUUGGCCUCGUGGCGUGCAAGUUCUGCCUUGGCGGGAUAUCAGCAACAAGAUGCUCAUGAAUAUUACCAGUUCCUUGUCGACAAACUCCACUCUAGCACUGAUGGACACCACGAGAACCACGAGAAAGGCUGCCCUUGCUUUUUCCACAAGACAUUUUACGGCAAGCUGCGAAGUAGUGUAACAUGUGACAAGUGUGGAAAUGUCACUCGUACGGACGACCCCAUGGUGGAUCUAAGUUUGGAUGUCCAGGUGCAGGCGAAGAAGCGCGCCAUGGGUGGUGCUGGGCCCUCGUCCACGCCCACGCUGAGCGGAUGUUUGGAAAGCUUCACUUCCCCUGAAAAACUUAUGGCAGGCGUCUACAACUGCAGCGGUUGCGGGGGAAGCGCACAAAAGGCCACGAAGCAGCUACGCAUUAAGAAAUUACCGGCAAUUCUAUGUAUGCAACUAAAGCGAUAUGAACAUACGUUCUCGGUUUCCGAGAAGCUAGAAGGCCGCAUAGACUUCCCGCUGUCUAUCAACAUGCUCCCGUACACGACCAACCCUAACUCCCACGUUGAUAAAUCGAGGUAUAUCUACGACCUUUCAUCUGCCGUGGUUCAUAAAGGAAAGCUGGACGCAGGGCAUUACUAUGCUUACUGCCGGCAGGGUGAUGAGUGGAUACUCUUCAACGAUGACCAAGUCACAUCUGUGACGGAGGCCGAUGUCCUCAGUGCCGAUGCAUAUCUUCUCUUCUACAACCUUCGGUCCUUGGCUGGUGCUCCGUCGCAGUAG